GGACUGGACACUCUAAAAGGAGCAGUUUUAUCACACAGCACAAUGCCACAGGUGUCAAGUUUUGAGGGAGUGUGCGAUUGGCAUGCCGACUGCAGAAAUGUCCACCAGAGCUGGUGCCUGUGAAUUGAAUGUUUAUUUCUCCACUAUAAGCCGUCUCCAGAGGCGUUUCAGAGAAUUUGGCAGUACAUCCAGCCGGCCUCACAACCCCAGACCAUGUGUAACCACACCAGCCCAGGACCUCCACAUCCAGCAUCUUCACCUCCAAGAUCGUCUGAGACCAUCGCCAGUUACAGUGCCAAAAGUAAUGAAACAAGUAUGUGUACUUUUUCCAAAUGUUGUAAAUCUUAGUUUAAUUUAAGGCAAUUCAUGUCAACAGGUCUGUGCUACCAGCGUUUGUAAUGAAGUCAGUGAUAGAGGUUGGAAGUGGCAUUUCUUUAAUAUAAUAAUGUUAAAACAGUGUUUAUUUUGAAUGUGUUUAUCUCACGGUGACAGGUGGUUUCUCUUUCGAUUUAAAUGCAAUGUGACAGCACGUCCCAUGACACCACUGACUCAAAAUAUGGCAUGAGUUUGUUGAUAGGGAAGUGUUGUGGUUGAGAGAAUAACAAUGACUCUUCAUAAUAAGCAGUGAUUAGUUUUCGGAGGAUUACGAAAAAACAAAUUAAAAACCACAAAGGGAGGAAAAAAUAGAGAUCUUCCUACGUGACAGAAUCAAAAAUCACGGGGAAAAUCAGACAAAAUAUGACGUCUUAAAGCUGAGUAAACUCACUGACAAUAUAGCUGAUCUUACUAUCGAAAUAGAAGAACUCAGAGACACAGAAAUAAAACACCUGUUGACAGUAAAAACACCUUUUUCUCAGAAUCAUUAUAACCUACAUCUGCUGUGACGUGUGAAAACAAGUCUAUUUUUUUCAUAUUGUUGAGAAAAACCGAAAUCUCACUCUGAGCAAAACAGGAAAAAAAAGGGUGAUGUUCAGAGUCAUGGGAGGGGCAUGAAGAAGUACAAUGUUUGCUCCUUACCUCCUGGUGACAGACUGAUUUCCUCCUAGAAGAAGACAGCACGAUGACUGGUGAGUACUGACAAACCUGAUUUUGAAAAUUAUUAUUAUAUGUGUGUAUCAAGAAUAGGCUGCAGCAGGAGUUUUUACCUGUCAUUUACCCCUGAGGCAUAUUUAAACUUAUAUGUAUACUGUAAAAUCUAGAGGGUUUUUUUUGUAUUUCUUUUAAAAAGUUUAGAAAUUAUAUUUUAAGAGAAGUAGUCCAGGAUCAGUCAACAACACCUUCUCCACUUCAUUAAAAAAAUUGCUGUAAAUUGACACAUGAAGCUGUGCUGGAUUUUUAUGAGUAUUUUGCAUAUAGUUAGUCUGUUAAAAAAUUGAUUUUUAAAGGUUUAUGUUAGGUUUGUAAGUUUUUAAGUUCUUAUCUUGUUACGUUCGACUAAAGCUCUGUUUCAAUUGCUGUCCUCAGAUCCAAACACAUCUUCCUUUUUCAUAGACUUUGGCUCUUUGUAUGAAGAACUCAACUUCACCUACAACGACUCUGAGUUCACCCUGAACCCAAACACGCAACCAUGCAACCCUUUCACCAUCCCAGAUGCGCUGACGAUUGCGGUCAGCGCAUUUUAUAUCCUCAUUUUUGUGUUGGCCAUUCCUGGAAACCUGGUGGUGGGACUGGUGAUCAGUCGCAGCAAGCAAGCGCUGCCCCCCUCUGACCUCUACCUCCUCCACCUGGCGGUUGCUGACCUCCUGCUGGCCGUUACUCUCCCGUUUUGGGCCAUAUCUGUCACACAGGGUUGGGUGUUUGGAGACGCCAUGUGCAAAAUUAUCACCAUCAUCCAAGAGCUGAGCUUCUACUCAAGCAUUCUUUUCCUGACCUGUAUUAGCAUGGACCGCUACAUGGUGAUCGUGCGAGCUAUGGAGGCACGCAGAGCUAACCGACAGCUGGUCAGUUGGGGGAUUUGUGCCUCUGUUUGGUGUGUUGGAGCACUUCUGUCUCUACCUGGGCUCUUAAAUUCAGCUUAUACAUCUCAAAGCUCCAGUCAUACGGUGUGUGCCGAAAAAUAUGACCCAAAGAGCGCAGACGUGUGGAGGCUAGUCACCAGAAUCCUCCGCCACACUUUGGGCUUCCUGAUCCCACUGGCCAUCAUGCUGCCCUGCUAUGGAGUAACCAUCAAACGCCUCCUCCACAUUCGUGGUGGUUUCCAGCGCCAACGAGCCAUGAGGGUGAUCGUGUUUGUGGUCGUUGCCUUCCUGCUUUGUUGGACCCCGUACCAUGUCACAGUGAUGGUGGACACCUUCUUCAGGUCAAAGAUUGUGCAGUACAAGUGCCAGGAGAGGAUAGCGGUGGACCAGGCCAUGUUCGCCACUCAGAGUCUGGGCCUGCUGCACAGCUGUAUCAAUCCAGUGCUGUAUGCGUUUGUGGGGGAGAAGUUCAGGCGUAGAUUACAGCAGUUCUUAAAGAAGAUGGGAGUCCUGGAGAGGGUCUCUGUGUCGAGAUCCAGCAAGUCUUCGCUGUCAUCAGAGAUCACAUCCACAUUUAUGUGAGAAUCCUGCAGGGAAACUGAACUAUACACGACUUUAUGGUUUCAAGUGCGGCGCGCUAAAGUGAAACUUUUUGAUGGAAGCAAAAAUGUACAAAACUUGUCUUGAGAAGCCUUGAAUAUUCUGGCAAACUGAUGAUUUGUUGUCCUUGUGCCACACUCCGUACCUUCAUCCUGAUUGAGUUUGCGACGCCUGAAUGUUUCACUGAGUUUGUACUUUAUUUCUUCUCCUUUUUUUUGAAGAUAUUAAGCUUGGUUUUGAUGUGCUUAACCUUGAAUAUUUCAUCAAAGUUGUGAAUAUUUUUUCAUUCUGUAUCUUAUUUGACUUGGUUUAGGUUUUACCUUUUUUUUUUUAGUUUGAAUUUUUAAUUUCCUGUCUGGUUGCCUGUCCUCUUAUUUCUUCAGUCAUUUAAAGUUCAGAGGAAACAGAAGUGUGGUUACAUUUCAACACAGUAAUACAAUGUCCCCAUAAAGAUAGAGACUCCGCCUAUGAGCAACCUGAAGUAUAUGUGGCAGCUUUGGAGAGGCUAAAACUGGACUUGGAGCUCAGAUGAUUCAGCUUUUUUACCUUUUUCUAUUCCGGGGGUAUAGAAAAUAAAUUAUUAUUUCUCACCUGGCUUUUUAAAGCUCAGGGUGUGUGCUAUAUCAGCAUCAGAUACAGCAGUAAAAGGGAACUAUGCUUACAGUUUUGUUCAACUUUGUAUGAAAUAAUUGUUAUAUUUUUAUAGCUAAGAGUUUCUUUUUUGUGUGUAUUUAAUCUAAGACAGCUUUUUUCAUGUGUUGAGUUUAUAUUUUCAAUCAUUUUAAUAAAUUUACAUUUGUACAAAAACGUA